AUGCCUACCCGGUUUUCCAAGACAAGAAAGCACCGCGGCCAUGUGUCCGCCGGUAAGGGUCGCGUCGGCAAGCACAGAAAGCACCCGGGUGGUCGUGGUAUGGCCGGUGGUCAGCACCACCACCGCACCAACCUCGAUAAGUACCAUCCCGGUUACUUCGGAAAGGUCGGCAUGAGACACUUCCACCUUCUCCGCAACCACGAGUGGGCUCCUACCAUCAACAUCGAGAAGCUCUGGUCUCUCGUCCCCCUUGAGACCCGCGACAAGUACGUCAGCGGCGCCAAGACCGACUCUGCCCCCGUCAUCGACCUCCUCGCCAACGGCUACGCCAAGCUCCUCGGCAAGGGCCGUCUCCCCGAGAUCCCCGUCGUUGUCCGUGCCCGGUACGUCAGCGCCGAGGCUGAGCGCAAGAUUGUUGAGGCUGGUGGUGUUAUCGAGCUCGUCGCUUAA